AUGGAGAAAUCAACAAUAGCCGAUAGAUUACUGUUGUUUAACCUUAUCGUAAUUGGUUUUCUUGCUCAAUCAGCUGUGGUUUCAUUCGCCAUUGCAUCUUCAUCUGAUCAUGAUUUUAGAUACACGAAGAGUGUGAAGGAUGCCACUUAUCUGCCACUGGAAAAUAAAUAUAACUACAUUUUAGUUGGUGGGGGAACUGCAGGAUGUCCAUUAGCAGCAACAUUAUCCGCAAACUACUCGGUGCUGGUUCUUGAAAGGGGUGGUGCUCCAACUGCACAUCCUAAUGUCUUUCAAGAAGAAGGGUUUCUGAGAAGUCUCAUGCAAGAAGAUGAUGAUGGUAAGACCACACCAGCUCAAAGGUUUACAUCAGAGGAUGGUGUUGCUAUUGUCAGAGGAAGGAUAUUAGGUGUCUCGAGCAUGCUCAAUGCUGGAUUCUACUCCAGAGCAGACGAGCAAUUUUUUGCCAAAUCUGGAAUUGAAUGGGACAUGGAUUUGGUUGAGAAGUCAUAUCAAUGGGUUGAAGACACUAUUGUCUCUCGACCAAACUUAUCACGUACAGAUUGGCAGUAUGUUGUGAAAGAAGCAUUGUUGGAGGCUGGUGUUGGUCCGAUUGGAUUCAGUUUAGAUCACAUCAAGGGAAGUAAAGUUGGCGGUUCUACUUUUGAUUCAGAUGAAAGGAGACAUGGAGCUGAUCAAUUGCUGAACAAAGGGAACCUCAGGAACUUGCGAGUAGGAAUACAUGGCACAGUCGAGAAGAUCAUCUUCGCUUCCAAAGGACCAAGUAUUUCAGCUCGAGGUGUGAUAUAUAGUGAUUCCAAUGGUAGCUCUCAUCGGGCAUUUGUACGUGGUAAUAAGGGAGAGGUUAUUCUGAGUGCAGGAGCAAUUGGGAGUCCUCAGCUUCUACUCUACGGUGUUGGCCUUCAGUCCUAUCUUUCAUCUAUGAAAAUCCCAGUUGUUCACCCCCAACCUCACACUGGAAACUUUAUGUAUGACAAUCCUCGUAAUUUCAUUAACAUGUUAUCCCCGUUUCCACUACAGCCCUCAGCUGUAAAGAUUGUUGGUAUUACCGACCAUUCCUACAUAGAGACAUUCUCCAGCAUGCCAAUAUCUACUACACCCUUCAGUAUAUUUCCAGAUCCAGCUGUACUUACAAAGAUAAAUUCAAGCUGGGGACACAUUGCCAUGAAAUUGGAAGGACCAUUGUCUUGUGGUACUCUUAAGCUUCGGUCGUCAUCUGAUGUGAGAGUUGGUCCAAAUGUUCGAUUCAACUACUUUUCUCACGCUUUGGAUCUUGAUCGUUGUAUUUCUGGCAUGAAGAAAGUUGGGGAAUUAUUAAAUACCAAUUCACUGAAAGCAUUUCAGUUUCAAACUUCGUCGAGCACAAAAGCCUACAAGUUUUACGGUCCAACUUUACCCAUGAACCAAACAGAUGAUGCAUCUUUUGGACAAUUCUGUCGUGAUACAGUAUCAACAAUUUGGCAUUUCCACGGCGGAUGCCUCGUCGGAAAAGUGGUUGUUAAGAGAUUGCGGGUAAUGGGAAUCAAUGGAUUACGUGUUGUCGAUGCAUCCACACUCAAUUUCACACCGGGGACCAAUCCUCAAGCCCUUAUGAUGUUGGGCAGGUACAUUGGCAUUAAGAUGCUACAACAAAGAUCAUGAGCGAUGCAAUGCAACAUAAUCAACUAAGUGUUCUGCAUCAUGCAUCCGUGUAUCGCACUAUAAAUAAACGGGCAACAUGUCAUGUAUUCCCCAGAAUCAAAUGAGAAGCUGCUAGCUAGAUCAAUCUAUGGCCUAUGAAUGUGUACUAGUAUGUUUUAUAUAAUAAAGGUUGCCCAACCGUUGGGUAAAUUUACUUUAGUCUGCGUACAAGGUAAGUAAAGAGAGAAUUGGGGGAAUAUUAUCAGUUUUUUUUUUUAGAAAGAGGAAUAUUAUCAGUCUUAAACACGAGCAAAGAGAAUAAAAAAGACUACUACAAAUAGGGACUAUUGUCAGUCUUAAACACAAGAAAGAUAUACACUACUACAACUAAGGAAUAUCUGCAAUCUUAACCUCGAGCAAGAAACAGAAUGGUAACUUUCACUUUCUUGUGUGCAACAUGAUGAUUUAACAAAAAACCCUUCUCUCGAAUUAUUACCGGA